AUGUCCGUCGCUUUGCGGACCGUUGGCUCAGUACUGGCCGAUGAGCUCCAUUGCUUGUUCACCACUUUCUCGCCCGUGUUCAACGCCGUGGCAUGGUACUCGUACCUUACCAAUGCCGUCGAUGACAUCGCGGUGAUUGGAAGCAUAGUUCCCAAGCCCAUCCCCGGGCCCGAGAAGGCGAGCCCCGUCUUCGAUGCCUUUGUGAGCUACUCGCUCGAGUUCGCCUUCUUCCCGGACUUUGCCGGAAACACUUCCUCGCCGAACACGUUCUCGGACAACCUGCUCGCCAACCUGGGCGCCCUGCAAGGCGUCCGCCCGUACAUCCGCGUGGGGGGGAACACACAGGACUACGCCCUGUACGACGAGUCGCUCCCGUAUGCCGUCGACGGCACGUACGACCUGGAGAGAUCGAGGGACUACCCUACCACCAUCGUCAUCGGCCCUUCCUUCUUCGAAUCCUACGGCACCCUGGCCGACACAAAAUUCACCCACGGUUUCAACCUCGGCCUGGGCGCCAACCGCUCCGAAGGGUGGGAGACCCUCAAGGCCACCGUGCCGCUGGCGUGCCGAGCCAUCGGCAAGGAUAACCUGGACGUCUGGGAGUACGGCAACGAGCCGGACCUCUUCUCCACCUCGGCCCAGGGCCCCGUGCGGCCCUCGUCGACCUGGGACGAGGCCGCCUACGUCGAGCAGUGGCUCAACGGCACCCGCGAAAUCGCCAACGUCCUCGCCGAGGCGUGCCCGGACUUCCCUGGCCCCGUCUUCAUGGCGCCUUCCAACGCGGGGACCGCAAACGCGCUCCGUGCGCCCGCGCAGUGGGCCGCCGGCCUCAACGCCGACGGCAACGUCGCCGUCUUCUCCACCCACAACUACAUCAGCGGCGCCGAGAGCCCCGGUGUCACCCUCCAGGGCACGCUGAUGAACCACACCCGGACGGUGCGGUCCGUCCAGGCCCACGUGGGCGAGUAUGCCAACCUCACCGCCCGCUUCGACGACGUCCCGCCGCACAUCCUCGGGGAGCACAACUCGCUCUACAACCAGGGCAAGCCGGGCCUGUCCAACUCCUUCGGUGCCGCCCUCUGGGGCGUCGACUUCAACCUCUACACCGCCUCGCAGGGGAUCAAGCGUAGCCAUAUGCACAUGGGGACCGACUACAGGUACCAAAGCUGGCAGCCCGUCACCACAGAGACGACCCCCAUCGGCACCAAGGCACCUUACUACGGCAACAUCGCCGUCGCCGCCUUUCUCGCACCUCCCAAAGCCUCCUCCUCCUCCUCCGUCCCUGUCUCCGUCGCCCACAUCCCGCUUGACACCGACAACGAGCUGGCCGCCGCCUACGCCGCCUACCACGGCGACACGCUCGCCCGCAUCCUUGUCGUCAACCUGAGCCCCUACAACUCGACCGUCAACGGCACUGGCACCGCCCCGGCCCCGAGCCCCGGCGGCCGCAGCAUCUUCGGCUACAGCUUCGAGGUGCCCUGGGACGCGGGGCUCGCCACCGUCCGCCGGCUGCGCGCCAACGGCAGCGACGCCGUCACGGGCAUCACGUGGGACGGCUGGAGCUACAACCACGAGCUCGACGGCGGCCGGCCCGUCCGGCUGGACAACGUGACCGUCGGGGAGUACGCCCUGGUCGCGAACGGCCAGGUGGCGUUCACCGCCGCCGCGAGCGAGGUCGUCAUCGUCAGCCCCGCCGGCGGGUGUAGGAAGAAGCGUUCCUAA